UGUGGGGCCGGCCCUAUGGGGCAGCCUCACCCCACAGAAUGGCCCCCUCUGGAGCAGCCCCCCGGUGCACCCUAACGCUUCUCUCACGACCCCACAGCUUCACCCCGCAGUGGGGCAGGCACCGCGCUAUGGGGUCAGCGCUAUGGGGUCAUCCUGGGGGGCCAUGCCAGUUGGGCCCCACGUGGGGCUCCCCCCGGCGCUGUGGGGCCGGCGGCCGUCGCACUGUCACCUUUGUCACGGAGCCGCGGUCGCCCGUCUCCAUGGGACCGCUGGAGAGCUGGCGGUGGUGACCAGGACACGGAGUGGUUGGAGCAGGAUGGAGAGCUGGCGGCAGGAGAAGGUGGAGCAGAUCCUGUCGGAGUUCCGUCUGAAGGAGGAGGACCUGCGGAAGGUGAUGCACCGCAUGCAGAAGGAGAUGGACCGCGGGCUGAAGCUGGAGACGCACGAGGAGGCGUCAGUCAAAAUGCUGCCCACCUACGUGCGCUCCACGCCGGAGGGGUCGGAGGUCGGGGAUUUCCUCUCGCUGGACCUGGGCGGCACCAACUUCCGCGUGAUGCUGGUGAAGGUGGGCGAGGGCGAGGAGGGGCAGUGGAAGGUGAAGACGAAGCACCAGAUGUACUCCAUCCCUGAGGACGCCAUGACAGGGACGGCCGAAAUGCUCUUCGACUACAUCUCGGAGUGCAUCUCUGACUUCCUGGACAAGCACCAGAUGAAGCACAAAAAGCUGCCCCUGGGCUUCACCUUCUCCUUCCCCGUGCGGCACGAGGACAUUGACAAGGGCAUCCUGCUGAACUGGACCAAGGGCUUCAAGGCCUCGGGAGCGGAGGGGAACAACGUGGUGGGGCUGCUGCGGGACGCCAUCAAACGGCGCGGGGAUUUUGAGAUGGACGUGGUGGCCAUGGUGAACGACACCGUUGCCACCAUGAUCUCCUGCUACUAUGAGGACCACCGCUGUGAGGUCGGCAUGAUCGUGGGGACGGGCUGCAACGCCUGCUACAUGGAGGAGAUGCACAACGUGGAGCUGGUGGAGGGCGACGAGGGCCGCAUGUGUGUGAACACCGAGUGGGGAGCAUUCGGGGCGUCGGGGGAGCUGGACGAGUUCCUGCUGGAGUACGACCGCGUGGUGGACGAGACCUCGCUUAACCCCGGUCAGCAGCUCUACGAGAAGAUCAUCGGGGGCAAAUACAUGGGGGAGAUCGUGCGGCUGGUGCUGCUGCGGCUGGUGGAUGAGAACCUGCUGUUCAGCGGGCAGGCCUGCGAGAAGCUCAAGACGCGCGGAGCCUUCGAGACGCGCUUCGUGUCGCAGGUGGAGAGCGACUCAGGCGACCGCAAGCAGAUCUACAACAUCCUCACAGCCUUUGGGCUGCUGCCCUCGGGCUCGGACUGCGACAUCGUGCGCAUGGUGUGCGAGAGCGUGUCCACGCGGGCUGCGCAGAUGUGCUCCGCCGGGCUGGCGGGCGUCAUCAACCGCAUGCGGGAGAGCCGCAGCCAGGAGACCCUCAAGAUCACCGUGGGGGUGGACGGCUCUGUGUACAAGCUGCACCCCAGCUUCAAGGACCGUUUCCACGCCACCGUACGACAGCUGACUCCCGGCUGCGACAUCACCUUCAUCCAGUCGGAGGAGGGCAGCGGGCGCGGGGCUGCGCUCAUCUCAGCUGUGGCCUGCAAGAUGGCGUGCAUGAUGGGGCAGUGAGCCGGACUGGGCGGCGGGGACGCGCCGAGGAGCCAGGACUGAUGUGGGAAGGGCUCAGCUGGCGCCGCGAUGGCGCCGGGGCUCCCCAAUAAACGGGGUCGGCGUGGACUUCUCCUCUGGGAACGCUGUCCCAGCGUUGCUCUGUAUGGCUGCCCUCUGCUGUCCCCUCCCCGAGACCCCCGGACCGUUCUGGGGAUGAGGACGGAGCGCUGGGGGAGCCGUGGCCCCACCCGUGGGGCAGCACCCUGCGACCCCAAACCUGGCGGCCCCUUGGCCCGGGGGUCCCAGCGGUGGAAGUCAGCAUCCCCAGCCCGCUCGGUUCUGGUGGUGACAGCCCUGUGGUGACAUGUGCCGCCUCGUGGAGCUCGGAGCAAUCAUCGUGGGGCUAAAAACUGGGGGCCCCCGGUCUGGUGAUCCCAUGGGGGUUA